UUCGCCUAAGAACAACCAAAAUAGGCGGGAUUUUUGAUUAAGCAUAGAUGUCAAGGACCUCAAGGAUACAGUUAUACUGGUUAAAGGUGCUGAAUGCUCGCCUACUCUCGGUAGGAAACAGUAUUACACGGAUAGCGCUCCCGGCGACGCGCCGCUCCUGUCACCGCUGUGCCGCCGACACUCGCUGUCAUAACAACGAACGACCUCUUCUGAAUUAACUUCGUUAGCGUAUUGUUAUAGCUCGACCCGCUCUCGACACAAAUAACACCUGCCGCGACCCCUUUCAAACCACACAAUAACUGUUCUGUGUUAUCGUGCAUAUACUCACUGUGAUACUUACACUGGACUUAUACUGUUUCCGGAAUAUUCAAAAAUUUAAAAGAGCUGAAUAAAAACAUAAUAGCUCAUUAACCCGAAACAAUGUAAACUCAGAGGCGGCUUCAUGACAGACGAAUCACGAUCGUGCGACUACGUCAGCCCAACUGGAAUAGAUUCGCAUGUACCGUGCGUGAAAUUAAAGGAUAAACAAAUGAAGUCCGGAGCGGCGGGAAUAAUGAAGCAGUCCGCCUCAGGAGGUGUCAAGCAGCAGACACGAGCGUGACCCGCGCGACGCGACUCGGCCGCGCAGCGGGCCAACUGGGCCAUUCGAUAAGCGUGCCCCAUUUACCUGGAUUCAACGCGGGCGGCCAGCAGUGCGGCGGUGCAUCGGUGCUGGGCGGGCGUCCAACAUGUCGAGCAAGUCGUUCGCUACGGGGAGCAUGCGGUCGACCGGCGGGUCCGUGCGGCUCGGCGCGGGCGCGGGCGCCGGCCACGAGCUCGUGCUCGACGCGCUCUACGAACGCAAGCGCGACAAGAAGAGCGUGCGCGUGCUCACCGUCAUCAUCUACGUCUUCUGCGUCUCCCUCGCCGCCAUCAUGCUCUCCCUCUACUACGUGUUCUUCUGGGAGCCCAAGGACGCGCAGUACGCGCAGCGCAAGGUGUCUCACACUGUAGACCAGACCAGCACUACACCAAUGCCCACAUGCUUAAUGCCCCACACCGGAAGAGGCGGUGGCGCAGUAGACGAUGCCUUGAACUCAACAGCAGUAACUCCAUCAGCUGACAUCGCGAAUGAGACAACAUCAGACUCUAGUUCUUCAUUAUCAAGCUCGGAACUGCCCCUAUCUACAGAGUCCUUUAGUCUCUCGGAAAAUAAGACGAGCGGCGUUCGCGCUGACAACUCCAGCGUCACAUGACAAAAGAAUUUAAACUAAUUACAAUCGAAUGUAGUUCCAUACCCUCAAAUAUUCAUAGCGCCAAUUAGUAUAGUGAUGGCGACAGGCUAAUCAACUAAAGAACUUUGUUGCAUAAAAUACGAGCUAACAUGUUAAACUUUUCUACGACUCAAGUUUAAUAAGCUGAAGAGUGUGAGAAGGUUGAAGAUUGUGAUAAAAUACGCUAGUAUGCAAGAUGCAUAUAAUCAAUAGUUCAGUAGUGCAACUAUUGAGGUACUUAUAUCGAACUAGAAGGCCCGGGAUGAACCAAUAUUUUCAACAAUAAAAAGUAAAGAGGCUCAUCCCGUAACUUCGACAUGUGCCUCAAUUGGUAGGUAUAACUGCGCCGCUUCUUCAGUUCAGUAUCUAAAAUGUAUACCUGUCGCCUGCACUAUUACGUUCUUAACCCUUAUUGGGUAGUUACUCAUAAUAUAGUAUUUAAAUUAUAAAUAAUACAAGGGUCUUGAAUAAAAGGAUCGCCUUUACUUUGAAAAGUUUCUGACUCAAAGUACAAUUUGAAACAAUCAUGUAACAAAACAAGUAAAAUAUUACGAAGAAAAUCAUCGGAAAAAAUAAUCAUCAGAAUUUGACACUGGUUGAAUAAGUGGCUAAAAUAUGCGAUCGGUAAGAUACUGAACUUAUGUAAAUCAAGAAUUAUGCUGCAAGUACAUUAGUUUGGUCGCCGCAUGCAAACAAUGUCAGAUGCCUAGCAACCUUAGCUUUACAAGUCUGUACUCUAUAUUAGGUGAACGUAGUAGUAUAAUUGCGGCAUUAUUCAAAGUAGCGGCGAUGUCUAAAUAGUCACUGGCGCCAAUCACAUCUAAAGGCUGAUAACAAACACCAAUAUUAAACGACGGAUUACUAGUGAUAUUUAUGUAUAAUUUUCUAGAAGCCUAAUUAGCAUAAGAUGAAGGUUAUUUCUUCAGAUAUUUACUAAAGUAAUUUAUACUUAGUGUUAAGUGUUAACAAAUAUGUUUAGAGAUUUAUUUACUCAUAAAUCACAUAUUAAGGUCAUGUGGGGUAAGAGAAAUACAGAUUAUUUUGCUCGGGAAGAAACAGGAUUCCCAACUUUGCCUAGUGUUUCACUUACCCUAUUUAACCUUUUUACAUUAUCGGUGUUAGACCAAGUUGCUGAUCUCAUUUACUUUGCGUGUAUCGUCUGACAUAUCCUCACAGUAGCUGCUAUAUACCUAUUUGUGUAGAAUAAGAUCACGUCUUACUAUUUCCAAGUCUCUGUAGUGCCUGUAGACAUAAGUAUCGUAAGUUCACGAAACGUGUCCAUGUAUUCAAUACGUCCAUCAAAUCCCUGUAUUAUAAUUAACAAGAGCAAUAAAAUAAAAUAAUCGAAAUUCGGAUGCCUUAUGAAAAAUCAAGAAUACCGCCCGCCCGUUUGGUGGUAAGCGGAUACUGUACCCUAUGGUCACUUCAAACUCGAGCAGUGUCUCGGAAACUCAUACUUAUUGCCUUCCUUUUAUCUGACGAUUCGUUGUAUCGAUACCCAAAAAUAUAACGAAGCGCAUCCUGCAUUCAGGCGACAUUAUACACAUUUUCAUUCACAACUCCUGUAAUUUAUAAGUACAAGCCGUGUUGUAGUAGAGAACUCAUUGUAUAAUAUAUUUUUAAAUAAUA